ACUUCCCAAGCGACACGUUCAGAAGUUGCUGCGGAAUGGCGCCACGUGUCGGCGACAGUCCAAACACUCAGCAUUUCAUUAGGCGUUUUCCCGGGCAAACCAGCACCAGACACUGUCGCUACACUGCCACUGCAAAGAUCGAUCUGUAACUCCGAUCCCAUCCCCCCUUCUAGGCUUCUACAAUCUAACUUUUCCCCAUUUUGUUUCUGCCUUUGAUUUCUGGGAUAUGAUAUGUUCAACCGACAACCGACAACCAAAAACCUUCAUCUCUGCUCCCACCAAAAAUGCGCAUCUUGGAAUAUAGUAGAAACCUGGGAAGCAGCAGCCACGAGCCGGUGGUACCCAUCACCGUCUUCGUGGCUAUUCUGUGCCUCUGUUUAGUCAUUGGACAUUUGUUAGAAGAUAACCGAUGGCUCAACGAGUCCAUUGCUGCCAUCUUCAUCGGGUUUAUUGCGGGGACAGUCAUUUUGUUGAUUAGCAAGGGGAAAAACUCUCACAUACUGAGAUUCAAUGAAGAGCUGUUCUUUAUAUAUCUGCUCCCACCAAUAAUAUUCAAUGCCGGGUUCCAGGUCAAGAAGAAACACUUCUUCCAAAAUUUCUUAACUAUUAUGCUGUUUGGAGUUGCUGGGGUUUUCAUAUCAACAAGCAUAAUUACUGCAGGCAGUUGGUUGCUCUUUUCAAUGCUCAAUAUUGUUGACUUGACUGUUCGAGACUAUCUCGCUAUUGGUGCCAUAUUUUCGGCAACAGACACCGUUUGUACAUUGCAGGUAUUGCAUCAAGAGGAGACUCCCCUGCUAUAUAGCCUUGUGUUUGGAGAGGGUGUAGUCAAUGAUGCUACAUCGGUUGUCCUCUUCAAUGCGAUUCAAAAGAUUGAUGUCAAUAAACUCGAUGGCUGGGCUUUAGCUAGUGUUCUCCUUGAUUUUUUGUACCUUUUCUCCACAAGCACUGCUCUCGGAGUUGGUGUUGGGCUGUUGACCUCGUUCAUUCUAAGGGUUUUGUACUUCGGGAGGCAUUCCACUGUUCGAGAAAUAGCUCUCAUGGUUUUAAUGGCAUAUCUAUCCUACAUGUUGGCCGAGUUGUUCAACCUCAGCGGGAUUUUAACUGUAUUCUUGUGCGGAGUUCUUAUGUCUCACUAUGCAUGGCACAAUGUGACCGAAGGUUCAAGAAUUACUACCAGGCAUAUGUUCGCAACUCUAUCUUUCAUUGCAGAAACAUUCAUAUUUGUUUAUGUUGGAAUGGAUGCUCUGGACAUUGAGAAGUGGAGAACGAGCAAUUUGAGUGUUUGGAAGUCGGCAACUGCAAGUGCUAUUGUCCUCCUAGUGACACUAGUAGGUCGUGCGGCUUUUGUAUUCCCGCUCUCCGCUCUUUCCAACUGCAUGAACCGGAACCGAACAAGGUCAUCUUCGAUAACAUUGAAGCACCAGGUGAUCAUUUGUUGGGCCGGGUUGAUGAGGGGAGCUGUAUCCAUUGCUUUGGCAUUCAAUCAGUUCACAUUUUAUGGCAUCACAGUGGAUCCCACCCAUGCUACAAUGGUCACAAUAACAAUCAUAGUAGUCCUUUUCAGCACAAUAGUUUUUGGUUUUUUGACGAAACCACUUGUAUGUUACCUGCUUCCUUGUCAUCAUGGCAGUAACAUAGACCAGGAACCAAGCAUCUCUAACAACAGUAACCUAGACCGGGAACCGAGCAUCUCUAAGGACGAUGAUGUGAGGCUUCCGUUGCUUUCGUUUGAAGAAUCAGCAGCAACCAACAUUCUACGCGCAAAGGACAGUUUGUCCAUGCUCAUCGAGAGACCGGUUUAUAUUGUGCAUUCUUAUUGGAGGAGGUUCGAUGAUGCUUAUAUGAGACCAAUAUUUGGUGGGUCACACUGCCAGAGACAUGAAUCCCCAAGAUAGAAGAUAGAGUAGGAGGGUAUGUAGAAGACAAGACACCACCACCCACCCACCCCAACGUUAAAACUUAGAACAAUGUGAGUGGAGAUCAGAUGCAAGCAAUUUUGCCUGCCAUUUGUGUUAGCAAUUCAUACUGAUAGUCUUCUCAGCUGAACUCUGUAAUAUUUUUCAAUGGAACUCCCUAAGAGAUGACCAUUUGGACUUGGGGAAACCCUAUUGCUCCUAUGUAUCAUUUUGAUUUUAACCUCUCCAUACUGAAAAUGCACUUUGUCCUAUCUUAAGAUGCCAAAUUGUUAUUUUGGCUAAAAUCAUGAAUCACAUAAUAUA